GCGGGAGCGGACCCUCGCCGCAGCAGCGGGAAGGGCGCGAGCGCGGUGGGAGACGCCCCUCCGCUCGAGGACAGUCGCGCCGGCGGUGCGGGCCGUGGGGGGGGGGACGGCAGCGCGUUGGGCGCAGGAAGGGCUCCCCAGGUGGGUGGCGGGUGAGCUCCGCGACCACCCCAGCCCUCCCCGCCCCAUUCGGCGAGGGCAGCAAACUUGAGACGCGCGGCGGCCCCGAGGCGCCCCGCUCCCCGCGGUUGCGGAGCGCACUCGGGGGCUGCCCGGGGCUCUCCGUCCCACAGCCUGCCCGGCUUGGGGCUGCUGAGCUGCCUCGAGACCCUGAGGUCCCACGUCUGCACCAACUUUACAAACCAGGGCUGCGCCGGGAGGCAGGGGGCUGCCCCCGGCUUCCUGCCCUCCCCCCGCCUGGCUCCGAACCCGCCCCAGUCACUCUGCGAUGAGCCGAUGGAUGGUGCAGAGACCCCCCCACGGGAAGGCAGAACCACUCUGCUGCUCUUCUCUGGGUACCCCGGGAGCAGCCCCUCCCGGGCUCCAGGAACCCAAUGCUUGCUUUCACAUAACAGUUCAGAGUGGCCCUGCCUGGGAUGCUAGGGGUUAAAAGGUAAGACCUGAGGAUCGUCCUAGGGUGGCACCUUGGCCUGAUUUGCCGGGCCACAGGGUGCCCCCUCCCCCCAGCCCCGGCCUGAGGGUUCCCAGGAUUAGGUUCCUCACCUCUGGUGCAGGUUUCCUUCCGAUGGACUUAGACACUGAUCCUAAGCAGGAAGCUUCUAAGAGGACAGCCUUGAGCCCAGCAUCUUGUGGAGGGCUGGGAGGGCAGGGAGCAGAGGGGACCUAGGACUGGGGCAGGAGGCAGGCACUCUGGCUGGGAAAGUAGCUGCUUUGGCAAGCCAGAGGAACUGUAGGUAGUAAGAGGCAAGCAGGUGGGCUGAGGUACCAGGUACCCACCUCCAGGGCUUUCUGGAUCCCUUAUGAUGGGGCCGACUGUCUUAGGGCAGAGACCCUACCUGGGCAGGCGGUUCUAAGGCUCCAUCCUCAGGAACUGGGGAUGCUCACAGGCAUCACCAUGACCCUGUUUCUUUUUCCAAGUGUUCUCACCAACAUGACUCACACAUUGGAUUCACCAGGGAGGUAUCAAGCCUCCAACCUGUUCUCUUCCCUUCCCUCCUGGGUCUUCAGGGAGCAGCUGGGGAAAGGAGGGGGCGGAUUUGCCCUUGGGCCUUAGCCCCUUGUGGGAGGCCAGGAGCCUGGCCCUGCAAACUUUCAUUUCCCUGCUAUGUCUCUAUUGGGGCAGGUGAGCUGCCCUAGGCCAUGCCAGGGUAGGGGAACGGGGAGGAAGUCUCUGCUAAUGAUAUCCCCAGCCCCGCUGGGGCUUUGAAAUCCUGGUCACACCCCCAUCCUGGCACAUAUACUUAACUCAGCCUCCUCAUCUCAAAGCAGAAACACAUUUCCCCCUAAAAUCCAAAUUUCCCUCUUUGCUAAGUAUUGCAAUGCUUUUGGCCAGAGGUUUCCUCCUCGGCAUUGGAAGUCAGUCUCCUCUUACAGACAGCUUUCUUCUUCCCUGCCGUCUCAGCCACCUCUGCCAUGUUCAGGCCGCAAGUAGGAAGGAUGCAGAUCCCCCUUACCUCCCUGCGCCCCCCCCCCUGCCCCAGGUCUUAGUUCCCGAGGAAGGGUGGUGCUUAUGGUGCUGAAAUAGGGGUCGUGUGUGCCGGCUGCAGGCACAUGGAGGUGUAUGUCUGUGCUCCUCUGAGUCUGCAGAGGGGCUCAGAAGCCAGGUUCUCAAUGGAGGGGGGGCAGGGUACCCCUCUGGGUUCCCCUUGCCCACGCCCCUUUCUCCUUGCCUUCACCCGCUGUGGCUCUCUUUUUACUUUUCUAACUCACUCUGCAUUGGUGCGGGGAGGGAGCAUUUGAUAUUCAUAAUCUGGUUCAGAGAAGGUCCCGAAGCCCUGAGUCACUGUAUGGUUUCCAUGGAAACAGACUUGUUCUGAGGACUCGGUGUAGCGCAGCAGUGGUGGGGGAGAAGGGAAACAUAUAGUAAAAUCGGGCUCCACAAGUGUGGCAGGAGUUGGGCCAACUCCCUUUGAUGGGGGCAGGGAGAGUCUGGGCAAGGCUCUGGGGUCCUUGCAUGAGGGGCUGCCUGUCCCCACCCACUGGGGUCCCCCCAUCGGGAGCUGCUCAGCUUUCCUUGCGGUUCAUGGCAGACUGCUGCUUCUCCCACGGGCCUCCUGGCUGGGUGUCCAGGCUCAUCGCUGCCGCCUGUGCCUCACUUUCCUCCUCUGUGCAAUGGGAGGAAAGAGCUCCUACCUCUUGGGCGGCUGUGAAGGUCAAAUACGUUGAUCUGAGGCACGCACUCAUAAUGGAGCGAUAGCAAAUGUUCAGUAAGUGUCCUUAGUGUUAACUCAGGGGGUUGGAAGGAGCAUGGCCUGUGCAGUCGCCUGGGUCUAUCUCUUGUGCUGGUGGUCUUGACGUGGGGCAGGGCUGGCCUCCUGCUUUGGGAGACCCUUCCCCAGCCACCCCAGCUGGGAACCAGCCAUCCAUUUCUUCCUCCCACAAAGCAUUUAUUUAGGUCGCGGAGGGCCCAUCACCGUGCUGGGGAGCCCUGGCUCCUGUUCAAACCCCACCUGUCUAGGAGCCUUGUGGGAACAAAUUCUCCAAGUCCAGAUGGAUGGGCAGCUUUCUGCCUCAGCCUCCUUGGGAUCGGGCCAGGGGGAGAGGGACAGGACAGGUCUAAGCUCUGAGGAGAGAGGGAAGGGAUGGGGGCAGGGCGGGUCUUCCUGAUCCCGGAGAGGCCUCUCCCACUGGAUGAAAGAAGGAUCAGGAACUCUCCAGAAAGAAAACAGACCCUGCCCUCUUCGCCCCCCCACCCCGUGUUACUGCCCAGCCCGCUGGGAGAGGGGCCUGCCCCCUUACCCCGCAGCACCUGCCUUGGCCUUGUCAGAGCAGUGGCUCGGGGACAUCGCCGGCACUAGGGAUGGCUCAGCCAGAGUCUCUGUCACCAGCCCUUCUUUGCCAUGCCACCCUCCUCUCCCUGGCCUGUAGACAACCCCUCUCCCCUCCUGUAAGGUGGGCUUCAGCUCUGAGCUCCCUCCCUCACCCCCCAUCACUACCAGCUCUCCAAGCGGCAGAAAUUCCUCCCUAUCUACGAGUCCUUCCUUCUAUUUUCCAGAUGGGAAAAACCGAGAUUCUGGUUUGCUCCUGUGACCCACACCCAAGCUAGCGGCAUUUGCUCCCAGCUCCACCCCAGCCCUGGGGCAGCCCUUCCCUCUUCCUGGCUCUCCAGGUGGCCCCAGGUGCUGCCCGGCCCACACAUCCCCCACUCCCCCCCUUCAAAUAGCAGUUUCCUGCCAAGGUUCUUCGCCCACUCAGGUCUCUCUGGACCACUUUGCUGUCCUCAUUGGUGUUCACAACACCUUCCAUUUAAUAUCCUUUGCAAAUUUCAUUAACGGACUGUUUACUCCCUCUCUCAGGAUCAUUAAUAAAGAUGUCAGAUAAGAUCUGACCCAGUGCGGGGUCUGGGUAGCCCUGCCCCCACUCACAGACUCUGUCCCCCAGCCCCUUACCCCUGGGCUCACCUCCUCCACUCAGGACUCUUGGGACCUGCCCCCUCCUGCUUUCGGGCCCAUGACAAGUGCUUAGGCCAAGUCUGUUUGAAUUAAUUUUGUAAGAUUACUUGAGGCGCUGUAUCAAAUGCUUUGCUAAAAAUCAAGAUAUAUUACCCUGCCUGCAUUUCCUUCAUCUACCGGUCUUGUAAUUCUAUCAAGAAAGCUAUCAAGUUUGUCAGGCAUGAUUUGUUCUUUAUAAAUCCCCACGGUGCCACGUGGGGGCACAGAGUUCCCAGAGAUUCCCUCUUUGUGCUUGCUCCUUGAUUAGAGCUGGAAGGCUUUGAGCUGGGAAUUGUGGGGAGAGCUAGUCUCCUCCUCUGGGCUUGAGAGCGGAGCACAGUUCUUCCCUUCUCCGGGUCUCUGCUGGGGGCAGCGAGUUGUUGAGUGCCCCUCGAGUGAGUGUGCUGCAGGCCCCAGGCUGGGUACCGAGGGUGGGGAGGGAUGGAGGGCCUGGGGCUCUCCCUCAGGGAUUCUGCAGACGGCUGAGGAAGACAGACAUUCCGAAGAUAUCAAGAUAUCGUUAAUUGAGUGAUUGUCUUGAACAAGGCACUAAGCUCAGAUCUCUUUUAAGCCCCUCCCCUGCCCUGGGAGGUGGGUGUGGGCUCCCCUCCCCGGGUACCUGGGGCUCAGGGAGGGUAGGGCCGUCCAAGAUCCAAGGUCUGGGUUUUGCCUGCUGCUAUGCUGCUCUUACCCACUCAAAGCAUAAGUAUAGGGUCAGGAAAGCUAAUUGGGGUGGUUCAGCCAGAGGGUUUUAGGAGGUCAGAGGGGGAAGGAGGGGAAGGCUUCAGGGAGAACGUGGGAGAGGUGACGACCUCACACGCAAUGCCCCGUAGCCUGAGUCCAGUUCCCCACCCGGCCACUUCUGAGCUGUAGGAGCAAGUCACUUAACUUCUGGGAGCCUCUGUCUGUCACCUGUGUCACGGAUCCGGCUGUAGUCCUUACUCCCAAGCUUGGAGACAGGAUCCAAUAAAGUGGUACAUGAAAGGUUCGUCACAUGGUGCUGGGCCCUCAGCCAGCAGCCAUUAUGUCCUCUCGAGGUCCCUGUGGAUGUGGGGGCAGAGACACUUGUUUGAUUUCAUGUUCCCAGUGGGUGGCUCUCCCUACCACUUCUCGUUCAGGAGCCAGAGGGGUGACAGGGCGAGCCACACCAGCAUCCUGGCACAGGGGCCGCCGUGCAACCAGCAGUGGCCUGGUGGUAAGUUCUAGGCUUAGGGAGCAGGGAGACCUUAUGCUGGUCUUGAGCCCAAACCCUAAACCCCAUUCUAGACCAUUUCAGGCCGGGUGGGAAUAAAGACAUUCUUUGGCAUCCUCUUGGGUACAUAGGAUUUGGAUGUUCCUGGGCUUUCUGGCUAAGAAAAUACACUUUUCUCUCUCUGCCAAGCCAGAGUGCUUCGGCUGCUGGCUGUCUGGUGUGAUACUGCACCAGCCGUGUCCACACCCGCUCCCUCUGGCAGUCUUCGUGAUAAUCUUCCUUUUUGUCAUUCAGCUGGGGAAGCAGAGCCCCCUGGGAAGUGGUGAGGUGGCACAGACCUGUUUGGGGUGCCAGGAAGUCAGGCAGGCAGGGCCAUAGGCAGCCCCCGUCCCUCCAGCUGACACCCCAGGGACCUGAUCCUUAGAGAUGGUCAACCAGUGUUGGGUGAGCCCAGGUCUGGGUCAGGGUGGAUGCCCGGGACCCUGGCAGCCACCUUGGCCCUGGCACACCCUGUCCCUGACCUAGUCUCCAGGUGCAGGGUGAUGCUCUUACUCUCAGGCAUGGCCUGGGGACUUAUGUACUGUGGUUAGGGCCAGAGCUUGGGGGUCCUCGGAGCUGAGCUUGAGUCUGGACCCCAUCACAGACCAGCUGCACACACCUAGAUCAACCCCCUCAUUUGUCCGUGCCUCAGUGCUCCUCGUUUGUGGAGGAUGGCAGUGGUCCCUGUGGGUAGCACCCACUGAAUGUGAGCCGGGACCGGGGUCAUCUCUGGGCAUCGGCUCCCGCAGCCCCCUCAGGUGAGCCUCUCCCAUGCCCAGCCCUCCUCCCAGGGGCCAGCUGGGGUGGAGGCUGGAGACUCCAGCAUCUGGGGACAGAUGCCCCCCCCAGCCCCUCCAGCAGCAGCUGCUUGUGCUUUUGCUCCUGUUGGAGGUUUCCCAUCCUGGAAGCUGGGAGGAUGGGCCGAAGCCCCGGUAUCCAGGGGGUGGAGCCUCCGUACUAUUCCGACUCUGGCUGUGGCUGCUGAGGGGGGGGGACAGGAAACCGGGGCCUUUCCGCCCAGUGUCGGGUUAGAAGGGUCCGCCUACCACAGGCCAGGCUGUGGUAGGACUGGCCUGAGGGAACUGGGCCCUUCUGACUCAUCCCUCCUCCUUGAGGCGCCGGGCACACUGGGGCCUUUUGCCAGGAGGUCAGUCACUCUCCCCAGUGCUGGGGAAAACUUUCCUCGGGCCGGGCCAGGACCUCACCAACCCGCUGGGCCCACAGCAGGACCGUGAGGCUGUCUCUGCCACCCCGACAACAAGUGUCUCCAACCACACAGGCUGUGUGAGCUUUGGAAGAGGCUGUGGAAUCUGUUCUAACUUCCUUCAACAUUUUCAGGCCGUUACAGUUGGUCUGUAGGUUUGAGUCGCCCUUGAAAGUCACACUCCUGCUUCUGACGUAAUGAGCACUUGCUCUGUGCCCAGCGCUGUGCUAGGCUCUUGCUGUUCCUUGGCUUUCUGUCUUACAACCCAAAUAUUUGGAAGGUUCUGUGACUGUCUUUCCCAUUUCACAGGUAACCGUUCUCCUCUCUGGUGUGGCUGGAAGAAGAGCCUUCCUCCCCAGCUGUCCCUUCUGUGCAAGCCUCAGCGUCUGGGCUGUCUAGACGGAGCUGCCAUUUCCACCUGGAGGUCUGGUCUGUGGUCCACAGGGCUGCUGCACAGGCGGGGACUGCCGGCUAGGCCAGGAGACCUGGCAGCUGUGGACCCCCUAGCUCAGAGCAGCCCCUCUUUGACCUCGCAGGGUGGAGAAGCAGCCCCAUGAAGGUGCCCAGCCAUGCAAUGUUCCUGGAAGGCCGUCCUCCUCCUUGCCCUGGCCUCCAUCGCCAUUCAGUACACGGCCAUCCGCACCUUCACCGCCAAGUCCUUCCACACCUGCCCGGGGCUGGCGGAGGCGGGGCUGGCCGAGCGGCUCUGCGAGGAGGGCCCCACCUUCGCCUACAACCUCUCCCGCAAGACCCACAUCCUCAUCCUGGCCACCACGCGCAGCGGCUCCUCCUUCGUGGGCCAGCUCUUCAACCAGCACCUGGACGUCUUCUACCUGUUCGAGCCCCUCUACCACGUCCAGAACACGCUCAUCCCCCGCUUUACCCAGGGCAAGAGCCCUGCGGACCGGCGGGUCAUGCUGGGGGCCAGCCGGGACCUCCUGAGGAGCCUCUAUGACUGUGACCUCUAUUUCCUGGAGAACUACAUCAAGCCGCCGCCCAUCAACCACACCACCGACAGGAUCUUCCGCCGCGGGGCCAGCAGGGUGCUGUGCUCCCGCCCCGUGUGCGACCCGCCGGGCUCCCCCGACCUGGUGCUGGAGGAGGGGGACUGCGUGCGCAAGUGCGGCCUGUUGAAUUUGACGGUGGCCGCCGAGGCCUGUCGCGAGCGCAGCCACGUGGCCAUCAAGACGGUGCGGGUGCCCGAGGUUAACGACCUUCGGGCCCUGGUGGAAGACCCCCGGUUAAACCUCAAGGUCAUCCAGCUGGUCCGAGACCCGCGUGGCAUCCUGGCCUCCCGCAGCGAGACGUUCCGCGACACGUACCGACUCUGGCGGCUCUGGUACGGCACGGGGAGGAAGCCCUACAACCUGGACGUGACGCAGCUGACGACGGUGUGCGAGGACUUCUCCAACUCCGUGUCCACCGGCCUCAUGCGGCCUCCGUGGCUCAAGGGCAAGUACAUGUUGGUGCGCUACGAGGACCUGGCCAGGAACCCCAUGAAGAAGACCGAGGAGAUCUACGGCUUCCUGGGGAUCCCCCUGGACAGCCACGUGGCCCGCUGGAUCCAGAACAACACGCGGGGUGACCCCACCUUGGGCAAGCACAAAUACGGCACGGUGCGAAACUCGGCGGCCACGGCCGAGAAGUGGCGCUUCCGCCUCUCCUACGAUAUCGUGGCCUUCGCCCAGAACGCGUGCCAGCGGGUGCUGACGCAGCUGGGCUAUAAGAUGGCCACGUCGGAGGAGGAGCUCAAGAACCCCUCCAUCAGUCUGGUGGAGGAGCGGGACUUCCGCCCUUUCUCGUGACGAGCGCUCCGUGGGCGGGGGUGAGGGGCACAUGGUGUCGGUUUUGAUAAAAUGGACCGUUUUUAACUGUUGCCUUAUUUCCCCCUCCCCCUCCGUCUUUGUGUCCUUCUUCCCCCCCCCCACCGGCCCCGCCCACCCUCCACUUCCUUCUGCCUCUUUUUGUCUCUAAAAUUUGCACUAUGUCUUGGACAGGAAUCACUGGGGCUAGAGGGGGCGUGAAGCGGGGUAGAGCCCCCAGCCCACCCCAUUCAGACACACGGCUGUUGGGUCUCUGCGUGGAUGGUGACAAUGUUUACAAGCACCACACUCACACAUUCGCAUACGCACACAUGCACACACACAGGCGCCCACGAGGAGAGAUACCCCCAAACCACGGAACUUCGGCAGCAUUUCCAGUGGCCCAGUGGUCAGGGUAUGGUAGUUUUGCACUGUCUUACUUCCACAAGGUAAGAGGUUAAAAACAAAAAGGCCACCUCUCUCUAAUUUAUGAAUGGUGUCUAAUCCCUCCCCAUCCUGCUUCCUGCCCCCAGUGCCCAUUCCCUCCCCCCCUUGGAGCAGAGAAUCUGCCCCCACUUCCCUGCCCUGGCCUGCCCUUGCCUGCUGGUGAGCGGGUUUUUACUGUGAGGUGAAUGUGGACCUUGUUUAUUUUUUCCAGUCUGUGGCGAUGCUGUCUGUCUGUCUGUCUGAGUCUUGUGGCUGCCCCUGGACCAGUGAUGGCUGAUAAAUCUUAUGGGUUUCUGAUUGAUCUUGGGGUCCAUCUGUGAUAUUUCUUUGUGCCAAAAAGAAAAAAAAAAGAGUGGAUCAGUUUGCUAAAUGAACAUUGAAAUGCUUUAUCUGUGUUUUCUGUAAAUAAAAGAGUGCAAUAAUAUCUGA